AGCUGUUGCUGCAUCUAUUCUAAUUCCGAUUGCAGAACAUUUUGUCACACUUUCUGCACACAAAAUACCAGAAAUUGUUACAGUGUUAUGGGAUUGCUUAAAGGAUUUGAAGGACGAUUUGACAGCAUCUACAGCUAGUGUAAUGGAUUUUUUGGCUCGAUUAUUUUCUUUCCCAAAAGUAUUAGAAUAUAUGAGAACAGCUGCUAUUUCUGAUCCGAGUCAUUCUUUGACAACAUUAAUACCUCGAUUAUACCCAUUCUUUCGUCACACUAUUACAUCCGUGCGUUCUGCGGUCCUAAAUACAUUAUUGACAUUUCUUGGUAUGGCUGAUGUUGAAGAAUGGGUAGAUUACCGCACUUUUAGACUUGUUUUUCAAAACAUGAUCGUUGAGGAAAAAAACGAUGUUCUCGAAUUAUCCCUUCAAGUUUGGUCUGCUUUAGUGUCUCAUGUAUCAAAGUCCGGCCAAGAAAAUAAAAUCAACACUUUUACGGCUCCAUAUAUCAGAACAUGGUUUAUGAUAAUUAUGACGCCAUUAGGCACUCCAAUUGAUCGACGAUUAUUUUUUAUACCAGAUGGUCCAGUUCCGAUGGAAACAUCACCUACUGCUGUAUCAUCUACCAAUUUGCGACGUCGAUCACAGGGGCGUAUCCAGACAAACGACGGUGAUGAUGUAGCUGCUCAUAAUAUUGAUACUGGGAUGCUUCAACAAGAUUUUGCAUUGGUCAGUGUAGACAUUGUACUAAGAGGCAGAGUCACUGCUUCUAAAGGCCUGGGUAUGUUAAUGAGUCAUUGGCCUAAUGAGUCUUUGGAAGCAUCAUUUGAAGACAUUAUUAUAUCUUGUUUGUCGUCUUCAUGGGCAUCAAAUAAACAACUUGCUGCUGUCAUUAUAGAAGAGUGGGCACGAUCAAUUGUGAAGAACGAAGGCUACGACAUUCAAACAUCAUUGUUGAGCGUAUCGCCAUUAGCAGUUAAACUUUCAAACCAUAUGAUCUUAAUGCUGGAAUCCGAACCACCAAAAUUUUAUUCGGAACUUAUAUCUAUUCUUCGCCGCAUUCGAGGUGAAUGUCAAGCGUUGCUCAAUACAUUUGUUUCAGUGGGGAAAAUUGAUUCCGCGGUUAUACCUACUUUACCUUCGCAUGUUCUUGGUGAGGUCAUUCAAUCAGAUGUUUUAUUUCCAUUGUUCAGUAUUGAAACGGCAGUGGAGCUUUCGGCAGCUACUUUCAAUAAUUUAUUAGCUCAAGUCACUGGUGUAGAUGGAAAAUCUACGCAAGCUCGGAGUGAUGAAAGACAAGCUUUAAAUGAUCGUAAACGCCGU